AUGGGGAUGGGUGCAUUUGAUGAAGAGGAUCUCAAGUUUCUACAUAUGUUGGGUAUGCAUGGAUCUGCUUAUGCUAAUUUGGCUAUGCAAGAUGCGGAUGUGAUCAUUGCUCUUGGUGUAAGGUUUGAUGAUCAAGCCACUGGAAGAGUUGAUGCUUUUGUACCUCGUGCUGCACUGGUACAAUCCGCUUGGGUAAGAUUCAAUGAUGAUCACUUGUCAUCUAGCAGCAGCUCUGAGCUACUGUAA